AUGUUUUCGAUGGAUACAUUCGAUUUCGAGGCUGUCAUGAGUCGACACCUGUUCGAUGGCCCAUCCUUACAUCAUCACCAGCAUCAACAUCACUUACAGACGGCAAAUGUGGAUUCUACGACCUCAAACAGCUCGGAUUAUUUUCUCGGUGACGAUGAAAACACGACCGACAGCGAUUCGUUUUGUGGUUUCAACAGUGAUCAGGAAAAUAAUGAUGGCAUGAAAGAAAUUUAUUCGAAUCGAUCAUCCAAGUAUCGACGUCCCAAAUGUGCCUCCCAGCAAGCACAGCAACGACAGGCAGCCAAUCUUCGCGAGCGACGCCGGAUGCAAAGCAUAAACGAAGCCUUCGAGGGUCUUAGAACACACAUUCCAACCCUACCAUACGAGAAGCGGCUUAGCAAGGUGGACACACUAAAACUCGCCAUCAGCUACAUAUCCUUUCUAGGGGAAAUGCUCCGCAAAGACAAAAACGGCAACGAACCGGGCGUUAAUGGAAUGAAGCGAGCGACUGUGAAGGAGCCACCAAAAAAGUUUAUUGUACGCGGUGGCAGCGGCCAGGUUCACUCCCUUUCCUGGCACCGCAAAGGUGAUCGCAGUGCUGAUGGGCGCUAUUUCGCACGGAUCUGGCGGCCGGAAGAUCCUAGAAGCAAUCAACGGAACAUCGCAGCUGGCCCGUCGUCAUACUCGAACAGCCUAAUUUAG